UGCACAAGUCGCUGACAGGAGGCUGUAGUGAGUGAGGUGGGGCCGCUCUCUGCCGUGCCUGCCGUGAGACGACAGGAGGAAAUGGCCCUAAGGCAAGACAAGGGAGAUUCAGAUUGGCUGCUAGAAGAAAAUUUUCACUGUUUGAGCGGCCAGGCAUUGGAGUAGGUUGCCAGGGACCUGUGUCACCAGUGUGAGAGAGGAAUCUCCCAAGUACACUGCGGAUUUUUUCUCUGCACAUGCUACUGGAUUAUCGACCUUUUACUGACCCACCCAAAAACAGAGAAAAAGGGUCAAACAGAAAUUGCUGACUUGUCACUUCUGCCUUAAAACUGACUGGAUUUUAUGGCCUCUGCUGGAGAAGCUCCCUGGACCAUUGGAAAUGGAGCAGCUCGUGCUGCAUCUCUGCUGAGCAUGGAAUGUGAGCAUCGAGGUGCCUUAAGCUAAACCAUAUGCAAGUUGCACUGGUUGUUGUAACACUGCUGAAACCACUCCAGACUUCUCCAGGGCUUUCCAAGGCAGUAGCUCUUCACACAGUUUGGAUGUUUCCAAUUGACAUUUGAAUGUUUUCAUCCAAUCUGGUGUGGCUGUGAAAAGUGAGCUUUUCCCUGUGAAGUUCAUGGUGAGUUUUGCAGCCUCACUUUCCAGCGUGGUGUGUGCUAUGGCAGCGAGCUACAGGCUGAUGGUGACCUCAGUGAACUGCUACAGCAGUGUGCUGGUGGAGCAGCACUCCCAGCACACUGUGCACUACUGCACAGGCUCCUGCCAGCUCCUCAGACAGGGACUCACCUGCAUGGUAGCUCACCACAGUGUCUGUGCAGAGCUCAGCGUCCAGGAUGCCAACCUGGACCAUAAAAUUCCUGUUCCUGAAAGUGGUCUUGCCUUGGCUGGAAAUGAGGACUAUCACCAAAUCCUCCCAAAUAAUCCAAGAAUCAAGAAGGGCUUUUCAGUGCAAGCUUCCAGCAGUUUAAAAGACAUUACUGGUGAGGCAAUAAACCUUGCCAGUGGUAAAAUAAAGGAAUUCUCCUUUGAAAAGCUCAAAAACUCUUCCAGUCACGUGGCCUACAGAAAGGGAAGGAAAGUUCGGUCAGAAUCUUUCAGCAGACGAUCCUUUGAUUUUGACUUGAUUUAUGGGCACUUUAACAAUGAUGAGAACUGCCCUCCAUGUGGCUUUUUGCAGAGCCCCUCACCUGGGGAGAAAUGGCAGGAGAGCAGCGAUGCUCCAGAAGUCACCAUAAGUCCUGUGGUUCCCUUCUGCCCUCAUUCCUUCCCAGAAGAAAACAUCAUUACCCAGAUUUUAGAAAAGCACAAGCUAGAUGGUUCUUCUGGUGGGGAUAUUAAGGUGUGCCUGGACAUCCUGCUCAAGUGCUCAGAGGAUCUGAAAAAGUGCACGGACAUAAUCAAGCACUGCAUCAAGAAGAAAUCUGCAGAUGUUGUUGGUGGAGGGAGCAGCAAUGAUCCCCUGGCUAACUCAGAGAGGAUAUACAUGAAUCUGAUGACAAGAUUUUCCUCCUACCUGAAAAAGCUGCCCUUUGAGCUGAGGACAGCGGGGCAGAGGGAAGCCAGUGACUGGGCAGAGCUGAUGAACUGUUUCCAUGGCUUGCAGCAAACUCCCUUUCCCCCGGUGUUUGGUGAUGAGCAGCCUCCCAGGUAUGAAGAUAUCAUUCAGCUGCCAUCCUCAAGUGCAGUUCCUCUCGCUCUGCCAGGUCAGGGUGAGGUGACAAGCACCUCCCAGUCCAUCCAGACAGGUUCUGUGAGCUUCAGCUGCAGCUCCCUGCCCGCUGGCCCUGCAGAGAGCAGAGCUGUGAAAGAUGCUCUACCUCAGGCACCAGCCCCGAGCCCCUGCGAUGGCCCAGCUGCCACCGAGGCACUGUACAUCGAGGAGGAGUGUGAUGGGGACAGAACAGCAGGGACAGAGAGGAAGGCAGAGCAGAGGGGGGGCUGGCAGAGCCUGGAGCACAGCUACCAGCGAGCUGCUGCUUCAGACCCUGCUGCUGAUGCUAAAGCACAGCGGGCCAGGGUGGGAGAUGCUCCCGGGCAAACUGCUCCUUUAAAACCAGUGUCAGAGCCUGUGCUGGGUGGUGCCCAAGCUGCUGUCCCCAAAGGAGCCCAGACAUGCAGCAGGGUGGACAAGGAGGAGAUAGACAAACUGCUGCUGGACUUGGAGAACUUCUCCCAGAAAAUGCAGAAUACUCUGAGGGAACCCUGUGGGAAGGAGGGCGAGCCUGCCUCACUGCAGGUGCCUGGCAGGCAGGGUAGGCAGGCUCCACCUCUGCCUCUGGAGCCCAAAAGUAAACCUGCUGAUCCCCCUUCUUCUCUGUCAAAAAUCAUGGAAACCAAUGGUCAUAAAAUGGAAGAGGAUGACAAAGCCCUUCUACUGCGUAUCCUGGGAAGCAUUGAGGACUUUGCCCAGGAGCUGGUGGAAUUCCAGACUGGCAAGGGAAGUUUGUCUAAGGAGAGGGAAGUGAUGCAAAUUCUCCAGGAAACUUUAGCAACUCCUUCACAGUCCCUGCUUGCAGGGCAAAAAAGCCAUGCUGGGGCUGCCUCCAGAGACUCUGUUCCAGCUUCAAUUCAGCAGGCCCCAGAAGUAAUAAAGGUUCAAAGUAAACAAGAGAAGAAGGCAGGAACUCCAUCCCCAGCCCCCCUGCAGCCUGUGGUUAGCACUUGCACUCCUCUGCCUGUGAAUAAAGCCUCCAGCAGUACCCCUGUGCCCAUAAACAUUCCACGUUUCUACUUCCCUAAAGGACUCCCCAAUGUCUGCACUAACCAUGAGGAAAUCAUUGCCAGGAUUGAAGAGGCCUUUGCAGAGUUUGAAGAUGGGAAAGCAAACAUCUGUGAAAUGGGGAAAAUUGCAAAGAUCUGUGGCUGCCCACUCUACUGGAAAGCUCCUCUGUUCUAUGCAUCUGGGGGAGAGAGGACAGGACGUGUCUCUGUGCACUCCUUUGUGUCCAUGUGGAGAAAAAUCCUGCGGAGCUGCCACGACGAUGCCUCCAGGUUCACUUCCCUCCUGGCAAAGCCUGGCUGUGACUGCCUACAACAGGAGGAUUUCAUCCCGCUGCUGCAGGAUGUGGUAGAAACUCAUCCUGGCCUCACGUUCCUGAAGGACGCUCCGGAGUUCCAUUCCCGGUAUAUCACCACGGUUAUCCAGAGGAUAUUCUACACAGUCAAUCGCUCCUGGUCGGGCAAGAUCACUCUGACAGAGCUGAGGAAAAGCAACUUCCUGCAGACUCUUGCUCUCUUGGAAGAAGAGGAUGACAUAAAUCAGAUCACAGAUUACUUCUCCUACGAGCACUUUUAUGUCAUAUACUGCAAAUUCUGGGAGCUGGAUACUGACCAUGACCUUUACAUCAGCCAGAAGGACCUGGCUAGGUACAGUGAUCAAGCUUUGUCAAACAGGAUCAUUGAGAGGAUAUUCAGUGGUGCUGUGGUGAGAGGCACUGAAGUUCAAAAGGAAGGGCGCAUGAGUUAUGCAGAUUUUGUGUGGCUCCUGAUUUCAGAGGAAGACAAGAGGAGUGCUACAAGCAUCGAGUACUGGUUCCGCUGCAUGGACCUGGACGGGGACGGGGUGCUGUCCAUGUACGAGCUGGAGUUCUUCUAUGAGGAGCAGUGUGAGCGCAUGGAGGUGAUGGGCAUUGAGCCUCUGCCCUUCCAGGACCUGCUGUGCCAGAUGCUGGACCUGGUCAAGCCAGAGAGGGAAGGAAGAGUAACCUUGCGAGACCUGAAGAGGUGCAGAAUGGCUCAUGUGUUCUUCAACACCUUCUUCAAUUUGGAGAAAUAUCUGGACAAUGAACAGAGGGAUCCCUUUGCAGUGCAAAAGGACAUGGACAGCGACAGCCCCGAGCCCUCAGACUGGGACAGGUACGCGGCUGAGGAGUACGAGAUCCUGGUGGCCGAGGAGUCUGGGAAUGAGCAGCUCCAGGAGGGAUCAUGUGAAGAUGACUAUGACACAGAUGAAGUCUUACCUCCCCCUGAAACUGGAGAAAAGUCAGACAAGCUAAUUAUCUCAGAUCUCUGAGCUUAGAGAAGUGGAAGACAGCCCAUGUCUUUCAAACUGGAUAGCAUUCAGUCCCAAGGCACUUGGGGGUUUUCCUUAAAUCUGUCAUUGGAACAAUGUGCUUUAUUUUGUACACUGAAACUUGAGACCCCUUUUUGUCUUCCUGUGUAAUUGCAUAAGGUAAUUUCUAUGAAAAGGCUUUUUACAAUGUGUUAUUGUGCACACUCCUGAAAAUGGUGAUUGCACCUUGUUUCAUUUCUAUAUAAAUUAUGUCCCCAGAUGUGCAAUAAAUGCCAGCAUCUAAUGAUUACCUGUAACAGCUGCAUGCAACAUCUGCAGUGGCCGUUUCUCAGUUCUGUCCUGUGCCACUCUGUCCCCUUGGCUUUAUACAGGAGUGACAAAAGAGCUGCCAGAUUAACUUAAAUGUGUGUCUAGAAAUCUUUGAAAACACAGGUGACUGUGAAGUUCUUUUUUUCCUUCCUGUCCUGGAAGCAAAGGGAACGUGCCUGCACAUGGGGAGAGUGAAGCCCCUUUGUGCUUUGUCCCCAGCUCUUUGCCUGGGAUGUUUCACUGCUGUGGAUCUGUGAGCAGUUUCAGCACUGCACCACAUCAUCUCCUGGAAUCUGAGACAGAGUUACCUGUUCUAGCCCUGUGUCCCCUCCUGUGCUGAUCUGCCUCUGGCCAGAGCUUUGUCUGUGUGGAUUUCUACUUGUGGAAGUGUUCUGCAGAGCAUUUACAGCAAAUACAGCUCUCUGCUGUUCAGCUGCUGUGCCUGGUGUGCACCAGUUCCGUCCAUUCCUGUGCUCUCCUCUCCUGUAUCCUUCUUCAACCUGUAGCCAAGAGACUAAGCUGAGAUAAUGAAGAAAAAACACAACCCCUUGUUUUAACUAGUAAAGGAAUUAGUCUGUAUUAUUGCCAAAAUUAAUUUUUCUCCCAGGCUCAGGGAGGAAAUGCUGUAACUAAUGAAUUCUUGCUUUAAAUGCAAAAUUAAACCAACUUUCCCCUUAGAAUCACAAGUGAUAUCACUGCUGCUGCAUCUGUCCCUCUGGCCAGCAGGAACUGUGGUUCAGAACAGAGGUGAUUAGAACAAAUUCUUCAUUUUAGCCCUCAUAUAUGCACAAGCAGUUCUGGGCUUUACCUUCUCCGCUGGGACAGGUCUGAGCCCUCCCAGCUGUGCCCAGUCUCCAAUGCUGGGUUGCUGGGUGUGCCCUGUAUCUCCUGUGCCUCCUGCCAGCAUUCCUGGGAGCUGCCUGCCCCGUUCCCAGCAGGCUCCUGCUGCCCUCCUGGGGCAGAGCAGCCCGGGCCCUGCAGGGCUCUGUGUCCCCACUCGUGCAUCCCUGCGGUACCUGCAGGGGUCAGCAUCCAGUGAGGAACGGGCUGAUCCCUCACUCCAGUGCACUCGGGGCUUUUCCAGGAGCCUCUGGAGCCCAGGCCUGGCUGCCCCUGCCCAGGGGGAGCUGCUGCUGCCUCCCCGGGGGCAGAACUCUCCCACCAUCAAACUGGGGAAGUGAGAAAGGUUUCAGCUGAACUGAGCAGAUGCUUACACACCCCCAGGAUCCUGGAUUGGUAUUUGGGAAACUUCUGGAUGCCCACAUUGUUAGCAAAGGCCCUGCCUGAACAGGUGACCUGCAUCCCAUAGUUACAGAUGCAGCAGGGAGCACCCUGCCCAAACCAGGACAAGCCCCUGGAAUGCAGCAAGCACCCAGCGUGCCUGGAUCCCAUCUCCAUCACUGCCAUAACCUCGAAGGGAAAACCUUCCCUGGGGUGAUUCCACAAAUGCCCAAAUGCAGAACCCCCAAGGAACUGACUGCAGGAAUGGACACAGGAUGGAGGUCCCACAGCUGCUGCUUGGAACCAGCUCCAGCCAUGUUUUCCUGAGAAGAACCUUUCCUCAGUGCCAUGCUCCAGAGGGCCCUUUCAGUUUGACGUCCCUUUACAUCUCUCCAAGGACUAAGAUUCCUCAAAAGGAACAAGAAGAACCUGACCCCAUUCUAGGCUGAAAUGGAACCCUCAUGGUGCUCCAGCAGCAGCAGUACUGCAAUGGCUCACUUGCCAGUUCUGGAAGGCCUCAGUCACCCACCACUGCUGGGCCUUUAUUUCCACCCAUCCCUGAAUUCAGGCUCCCACCUCACACCACACCAGCCUGAACUGGUGCCUUUCUUUGCAGAAGUGAGAACUCAGAAUCUGGUGAAACUCACCAGCUGCCUUCCCAAGGUUUGGUUCAGUAAAUGGAGACAGGAAGCUGAGAGCUGCUCAGCUGAGCCCUCUCUCUUACAGACAGACAUCCAGUGUAUCCAGACCCAAUCCAUGCUUUCUGGGAGGUCAACACAAGCUAAUCCAAAAAAACACCCCCAUUUACAGCAAAUAUUUUGCAUUCUAUGUGAAUAGAAAGACAAGCUGCAGAAGGCACUUCUACUGUGGUGGCAGUGCAAAAUCUGCAGUAAUAUUCCAGGAAUGGAAAUCCAUUCUCUGUCCCUAAAGUACUUGAAAAUAACCACAAUUCAGCAGGCACACCUGCAUUAACAGAGGAGGUGUUCUACACCCCACCUGUGACACAGCCCUGGCCCCAGCUGCUCUGGAUGGAAGGUUUGUAACUCUGCAGGAUUUAAGUGAGGUAAAUUUGGGAACUCCUGUCCUUCUUUGCUUUUUUCUGAGGUAGUCAAGGGUGCUUGUGUCCAGCCAGCAGAGCUGCUCAGCUGCAGUGAAGCAGCCCCAGGGUCCCUGCCCAAAAGAUUUGCAGGAGUCCCUUGGCUGUGGCUCUGUCUCCUGACUCCAUGUCAGUGCCACUUCAGAUGCUGCAUCCUGGAAAGGACUCAUCCUGCACUGUUCAGUGCACAUCCUGCUCACACUGAAGGCUUUUAAUGGAAAAAGUAGUCAGAAAAGUGAGUAAAAUUCAGUUUUGCAUGAUAAAAAUAUGAUUGUGCUUAUUUGUUCUCUCUAAUUUGCUUUUGUCUAGCAAAACUAAGCCCUGUAUUCUUACAAACCCCUUGUUUUUUACUGUUGUAUCACAAACAGUAAUACAACUGGUUGGGAUUGUAUUGUACCAUAAAUAUUUUCUCUCUGCAGUACUGGGAUGGGAGUAUGGCUCAGUAGUACUGCUGGAAUGGUACUAGUUGGAUUUUUUCAGUAGUUCUUGCUGCAUCUCAGUUUUUGGCAGUGACCCCUGGGCACUGCUCCAGCUCCCCUCCUGCCUCUGAGGGGCAAGUGCUGCAGAACAGACAUGGGCAGCAAAAGAGGGAUUCCAAAGCCUUCCUGCUCUCCUGAACCAAGGAUUUAAUGAAGCUGACUCAAGGCACUUAACCAAGGUACUGGGCUUAGUUUCUAAAACAAAAUAGUCCUGAAAGACCAAUGCUAAGUUCACUGAACCGUCACUGUACAGUAUGGAUUUGGACUCUCUAGAUCAGUAUCUUAGCUCUAUGCAAACAAAACUGAACCUCAGUGACCAGCACGAGCUACUGUAAGAAAAACAUAAACAGAGCUUCCCCCUGUGUGCUCAUCUUCUCACUGUAUCACUGGGUGAGGGGGUUAGAAACUGAAUAUUUAAUAAUAAUAAUAAAUGUUCUCAUACUUUGUAAAAGUAGAUUUGGAUACAUUUUGUGGUGGCAUGGUUU